UAUUUCAACUGGUAUAUCUCCAGUCUGCAGAAGAACGUUCUCCAGAUAUGACAGUCUAGGAAUCUUUUGGCGCGAAAUGCCCAAGACACUCCUCCAAAUAUUUAUGGCAAUCGGUGGGCUGGGUUAUUUGAUCUUUUUUCUAUGAGUGGUAUAUUUACUUAGGCAUAAUCAACAACACCAAGCUCUGAGGAAUAGUUCUGUCUACAAACAGUCGUGCACCCACUGGGGACUAAGGCACUCCUAGCAGACUGUUGGGAUUAUUUCAGCUGGAGACAACAGCCAAGUGAAGCAGCGUCACAGACUGUUUGGGUACUAGAUCUGCAAGCUCAUUUGCUUUACAAGAUGCCUGGAGUGGUGGGCAAGUUUCUGGACGUAGACUUCGACUCGUUACAGCCAUGCUUCUUCCCAGACGAGGAUGAUUUCUAUUGCUAUGCACCUUCUGCGGCUCCUCCUGGUGAGGAUAUCUGGAAAAAAUUCGAGCUGCUGCCUACGCCGCCCUUGUCACCCAGCCGAGCUGGGAGCGGCGGCGAGCUGGAGGAAUCACUGCCGCGCGACUGGGCUUCUGAGCUGCUCCUCCCGGAUGACGAGCUGUGGAGCCCGACCUACGAAGCGUGGGGAGUAAGCCGAACCGACAAUCUGAACUCUAUGAUCCUCCGAGACUGUAUGUGGAGCGGCUUCUCGGCACGAGAGAAGUUAGAGCGGGCAGUGAGCGAGAAACUCAGUCGUACGGUGGCCUCAGUGCCGGGUACGGGCAUAAUGAACACAACUUCUGUGGUUAGCACCGGCGCUGUCAAAGCGGAGCCAGAGCUCAGCAGCUCCGUGUCCGAGUGUGUGGACCCCGCUGCUGUGUUCACUUAUGUUGUCCAGGAGAGGGAGAAUGCCAGCCGGGAGGAUACCAGUGGAACCCAGUCAUCAGGAGACGAGAGUACUAGCGACUCAGAUGAUGAGGAAGAAGAGGAGGAAGAUGAAGAAGAGGAGGAGGAAGAAAUUGAUGUAGUGACUGUGGAAAAGAGGCGGUUGUCAUCCACUCGGCCAUUGACAACACUUCUUAUCACAAUGCGUACAAAGAGUGCUGGCUUGGUUACAGCUAAGGGCAAUCAGAAUGAGUCUUUGAUGAAGCGAUGUGCACCAAUUCAUCAGCAGCACAACUAUGCUGCCCCUUCCCCAUACACAGAAUGCAAGGAUGUGCCUCCUCCGAAGAAAUCUAAGAGUGACAUGGCCCGUCCAGCGAAGAAUGUAAUUACGACCAAGUCCAAGAGCUCCAGUCCUCGAAGCUCAGAUUCAGAAGACAGUGAGCGCAGACGAAAUCAUAAUAUCCUUGAACGCCAGCGACGUAAUGAUCUAAGGUCAAGUUUUCUUACAUUAAGAGACCACGUACCUGAACUAGUUAAAAAUGAGAAGGCAGCCAAAGUGGUCAUCUUGAAAAAGGCCACAGAAUAUGUUCAUUCCCUUCAUGCAGAAGAACACAGGUUGUUGUUGGACAAAGAAAAACUGGAGACCCGGCAGCAGGAAUUGCUGAAGAGAUUAGAGCAAGCAGCUGCUUGCUGAUUUGAACGUUUUUUUGGGUUUAAACUUUAACUGCCUGUUUUGCACAUUUGUUUUCAUUAAUUACAUGUUAAUGGCUUUUGACGUUAUGAAUGUUGGGUUUGCCCACAACAUAGUUACAUUUGAACUGGACAAAGUGUCAUUUUAAGGAUUUCAGAAGAGUAAAGUUUGCUGACUAUACACUACACUGCCAGAAUGUCAUAAGUGUUUUUCUGGUGAUGAUAACUUCUUGGGAAUUUGUUUUAUUUUCCUGUUUUGAACAUAGUGAAUUGGAUGACACACUGGUUGGUUUCAGAUGGACAACUUCCUUCCCAGUGGUACAUUGACAGCUUAUUUUCUGGGUCAUUUACACUUUAAAGGUUGUGUACCACAGGAAGGUUUUUUUUAUGUAAAUACCAUUUAUAUACAAGCCUUUUUUUAAAGUUUUGUUUUAUAUGGCCUGUGCCCCAAACUGCCAGUUUUCAACUGGAAUUUAUACUUUUAGUACUGUAAUGCCUCAUUGUUUGAGGAGCAUGUUUUUGUAUACGAAUGUAUUGUUUAAUCUGUUAUGUACUGUACUAAUUCUUACACUGCCUGUAUACUUUAGUAUGAUACUGAUACAUAACAAAAUUUGAUACUUAUAUUUUCGUAUGAAAAUGAGUUGUGAAUGUUUUGAGUAGAUAUAUAUACUUUAUCACUUUUUGGGCUAAGGCGUUCUUUUGUACAGAAAUGUUACUAUAUAUACCUUUUGCCCUGUCUAGCUCUUCAUGUUAAUGUUCAUGUUUUGUUCUUUGUUCACUCCAUGGAACUGGGAAACCAGAAAUGUUCUUUUUUAUGUUUUUUCCAUGAUGUACAUUUUGUGCUGCGUCUUAUAGCACUUUUGAAAUACCUCAUGUUUAUGGAAAUAAAUAACAUACAGAAA